ACCCGCCAACGCUCUCUCUCGCUCGUGCACGUGGAUGCGCAUGUGGCCGACACUUCACACCAAACGUCUUCUUCUUCUUCUUCUUUGACAUCCAAAGACGAUCCCAUCCUCCCACCAGCCUCGAAGGUCCAUAAGACACGCACAUCACCCCGUCGCUCAGGACGGACAUCCUUCACCUCCGCGAUUACUCAUCACACAACACACUUCUGCACGCCUGCUAUCGGAGAUACUCUUUGCGCAACCGUACUCAUCCACCAUCAUCACAUCAUGUUCGACGACAACUUCUCGUUCGCGACCCGUUCGGGCUCCCUCGACUCGAGCAUCUCAUCCUCCUCACAAUCACCCUCCUCCGCCGGCGAUCUAUCACGGAGCGUCUCACCAUGCAGCCCCAUCACGGCCUACCCUACGCCCCAAUUCACCAUGACCGACUUGGCCUCUUGCCUGGGACGAUCACGACUGCGCGCCGACGCGCAGAUCUGCUACGAUGCCUGUGACGCCUACGCGGGCAACCCCGACGAAGACGCCGGCUGGCAGUUGGAUCCUCCACCGACCUCUUCUUCCUCUUACGGAUCGUCCUCAUCGCGACCCACAUCCUCCUCGGCUCCCCGACCGUCCGCCCGAUCCUCCAACCACCGCGCCCGCCGACAAUCCAACAGCCGCCUCCUCUGCUCGACCUCUCACCACCGGGACAUCGCCGCCCUGGUCGCCCGCAUGGUCGACUGCCAGGAGCAAUGUUCCAUCGCCGCGCCGGGCCCCGCCUCCGCCGCGCUCCGUCACGACGACGGCGGCGACGACGACGACGAAGGCUACGACAGCUGCGGCUUCUUCGACCCGGAUCCAUCGCAUCGAUCGGCCGCGGUCGGCGCCGCACCGCAACGCCGACCUCGCCUGGAGUACCGCCGCUCGAUGGAGCUCAAGGCUUCGAUCGGCGGAGGCGCCUGCGUCAGCAAGUCGAUACGGCUACGCAAAGAUCGCGUGCACAAGCGCAAGGCGUGAACCAGGCCUCGACUUGUGUGUGUCCACCGCCGCGACGAGUUUCUCCGCGACGCGACGCUUCACUUUUUCACGAAUGACGAAAUUCCCGGGGGUUUUUUGCUUUUGAUUUUCUUUUGGGGUUAGCGAAGGCGCUCGUGGGAGUUUAUUUUUAUUUUCUUCUACCCUUCACGUGGAGACAUUUUUGUUUAUGUCCAGGGAAUGGAUAGAUUUGGGCCAAGGGGCCUCUCCAAACCUGGGGUGGCCGUGCAUGAAUCAUCGAGCAC